AUGAAGUUGGUUACUUCCCUCGUUCCGCUCGCGGCCAUUUCCCUUUCCACUGCCUUCAUCAUCCCCGAUGACCACAUCACCCAGCAAAUCGCCUUCCAAUCCCAGAAUGAGGCCGAAUCCCAAACAUUCAACGAGAGACUUCAAGGAAGCGUCGAGAACGCCUGGUCCGGUGUGGAGGAGACAUUCACGGAUGCCGUAGCUUACACUGAGAAUGCCCUCGACAAUGCCUUUAGUGCCGCCAUCAAAGCUGGCAAGAAGGCCCAGUCAACAUGGGAAUGCCACAAGUCCAUGACGAAGUUCGACAUGGACGGGUGGAUUGACAGUGGACUCUCAGUCCUCGAUGAUAUCGAAAUAUUCCAUGGAAACACACAGAAACCCAAGAAGCCGCAUCAUCCUCCACAUAGAACUCCGAACAAGACAGUUUACGAGCUCAUCGCCGGUAGCAAGCACACGACCAAGCUAGCAAAGCUCAUUAAUGAAUAUCCAGAUUUGAUCGAGACAUUGAAUGGCACGGCUGCGAACUACACGGUGUUUGCACCCAUCGAUAAGGCAUUCGAAAAGCUUCCCAAAGGCCACAAACCGUCGAAGGAGCUGAUCAAGAAGGUCCUUUCCUACCAUUUCUCACCGAACUUCUAUCCUGCCGGUCGUCUCUUGGUCACCCACACCCUACCAUCUGCGUUCGGCGAAGAUGCCCUCGGGGGAGAACCCCAGCGCCUUCGAUUGGGCUUUGGCAUCUUCACGGGAUUGAAUGUCAACUUCUAUAGCCGAGUCGUCGCCAUUAACAUCUUCGGCACUAACGGUGUAAUCCACGGGAUCGAUUCCCUGCUGCUGCCUCCUCCACCGGCGCACAAGAUCAUCGAGCUCUUCCCUGGCCAAUUUAGCACCCUACAACUAGGUCUCCUUAAAACGGGUCUUGAUGAGGCAAUUGCCCACGGACCUCACGUAGGCGGCACACUCUUUGCUCCCAGCAACUUAGCAUUCCAGAAACUUGGGCCAAAGGUUAACGCCUUCCUCUUCAGCAAAUACGGAGAAAAGUACUUGAAGGCGCUUCUUAAAUACCACAUUGUUGCCAAUCAAACACUCUACUCUGAUGCUUUCUACAAAGAGAAGGACGCCAAGUCGAACGUUAUGACAGAGGUUGAUAUAGAUGAUGUACCCAAAGGGCUUAUCCACGUCGAUCUCCCCACGCUGCUAGAUGACAAGAGUUUGAGUAUUGAUAUUGGGAGAUACGGAGGACUUAUCAGUAUUAAAAUUAAUGGGUUUAGUACUGUUUCUCUUCAGGACGGUCUUGCCAAGGAUGGGGUCAUUCAGGUUGUUAAUACGGUGCUUAUACCGCCCAAGACCCUGGGCGGGCGGCAAUAUGCUGGUGAGGAGUUGAGCGUGGAGGAUUUGAAGAAUAGGUUGGAUGUGUAUGUUGAGGAAUUGUGA